AUGUUUCCAACAUUCAAAUAUUGUGCAAUAGACUAUUUACAUGAGAAUGUAAUUAGAGAGAAGUUUCGCAGAGACGCUUUAUUUCUUCGAAUCCCUUCAUGUUUACAUCAAGAAGACAAUUAUCAUGUAAGAGUCACUGAUGAUAAAUUUAGGAGGCCAUGGACAAGAGUCUCAGCUGUUUCAGUUUCGGGAAUGACGGGUAUCUCAGUCUCGGACCAAUGGAAAGCAAGUCUCUCUGUGGAGGAUUUCCUUGAGAAAAAAACAGUUACAGGAAUGAUGACCCAGUUUAACUGUGAAUUUGAGGAAAUUGUUCCAAGUUCAAACCCAAACUCCCAAACUGAAGUAGAGGAAGUCAGCUUACAUACCCAUAAGGACUACAGUGAAGCCUUUACACUUGUCAGCUGCUUAGAAAAGUGUCCAGCGCUUCAAAAACAGGAGCAAGAUUUCUUGAUUGAUGCUGAAGAAAUAAUUUUUGUAAAUAAUCUGAUGGCCUAUAAAAGCCAGCUGCCAACUGUGCGUACUCUGUUGAGUAGGCUAAAGCAAUAUUUAGUAAAAGAUCCUUUGUUAGAUUUCAAAGGACAGAUCUUCAAAGACACUAAUUUUUUCAGGGAGAGUUUCUCUUUUCAAGGAGAUUUGAAAGAUUUUGUGAAAGAAGAUUUCUGUAUGGAUAAGGAAAACUUUUUUCCAGAGAAGCUAGAAGACACAGUAGGUUUAAAUGAAGCUGUAAUGUUUGCUUUCAGUAAUUUUAAAAUAGAAUGUGAAUUCUUAAUGCCUACAAGCCUCAAACAAGAAGUUGAUAUUCCAUCACUCUCAGAAAUAAAGGAGUCAUCAAACUUAAUACCAGAAACAAUAAAUUAUGUAGAUGAAAAUGAAAAGCUUUUUAAAAGAGAUCUUACUACGAAGUAUGGAAUAGAUACUGAGGAUAUGAAAUGCAGCUCCACAGAAAAUUUGGCCAUUCAAAGCCAAUGUGAACCAGAGUGCAGUGAACCAGUAGAGUUAGCAAUGCCAUUAACUCAUCUACACUUAACAAACCAACAUGCUUCAGUGAAUUCAUUAUGUACAGAACUUCAGACAUUUCCAUCUUCUCCUGUUUGUGAAAUUAGUUUGCCUACUGCUGAAGAAUCAGCUAACAAACACCGUAUGAUGUGGCAAUCAGAAAGCUGCAGAAACUCUUUGAAUCCAUUUUUGCUUAAUGCACCAAGAACUGAAGAUCCCAACAGUCAACAUUCGGUUGCAGAGUUGAAACUCUAUUCUGUUAGAGAAGAAAAUCUUAUGGUUAAUCCUGAAAGCACGGAGGGAUGGAAACAAGCAGAACUAAAUCUGACUGUGACAGAAACUUUGGAGCAUCUGAAUACAUGUUUGUAUCAUAAUAAUCUAUGUUCUGAUGAUGAUGAUCUGGAGAUAUUUUUGCCUACAAACGCACUUCAGUUAGAAUCAUGUUUAGAGCAAGAAAGUUAUUCCUCACCUAGUAAACUUAUUAAUGAGAAAUCUACAAAUGAUCAUUUAUCACCUCCACAAAAGACUCCAUCUCUGGUAAAAGACGUACCAGACCUGGAUUUUUCUGAUGAAUAUGUCUCUGCUAAAAGACCAAGGAAAGAAGAAAAACCAAAGAAUGACUUAGAACUAGGUCACAGAGUAAUCCAAAAUAAAGAAAAGACAGGUUACUUGGACUGCACGGUACCACCUGUUGAAUCAUCUUUCUCUUCAAAAACUGAAGAAGAAACUUCUCAACGCAGUAAAAAGCUAGAGAGUAAUUUGGAUCUUUUGAGCGACUUUAUUAUGCUGCGAAAUAAAUGUAACACUUACAUCUCAAAGACUGAAGUCACAGACGAUGAUGGAAAAGAUGAUAAAGAAGAACGUUCUUUGACUCUUCAAGAAGAAAGUCCUAUUGUUUGUACUAACAAAACCCUAGACAAAGUAAAUCAGGAAAGGAGAGCAGAUAAUGUCAUUGAAAUUCCAGCUUCAGAUAGCCAGUGCCAAGCAUACUGUCUCCUAGAAGCAGCAGCUUCUCCUAUCUUAAAAAAACUUGUAUGCCUCUGUACUCUCCCUGCUGCUAAUUGGACUUUUGCCACUGUCAUUUUUGACCAGACAAGGUUUCUCUUAAAAGAACAAGAAAAAGUAAUAAAUGAUGCUAUUCACCAAGGUACAAAUGAUGAAAGAGAAAUGACCUUCAAGUAUGCUGCUCUCUUGCACCUUUUGGUAACAGUUAGAGAUGUCCUUUUAACAUGUAGCUUGGACACAGCAUUGGGAUAUUUGUCCAAUGCAAAAGAUAUCUACAAAAGCAUUUUAGGCUCCUGUUUGGAUGACGUUUGGAGACAACUAGAGAUUGUACAGUUUAUUCGGGAAAAAAAGCCUGAAACCAACUACAAGAUACAAGAAUUGAAAUCUCAGAUACUAAAUUGGAUGCAAAGUGAACAGCUAAUUAAGGUGCUGAUUAUAAUAAGAAUGGACUCAGAUGGUGAAAAACAUUCACUUGUAAAAAUCCUUAACAAAAUAGAAGGUUUGACACUCACUGUCUUACAUUCAAACAAAAGAAAAGAUUUUCUGGAAUCAGAAGGUGUUUUAAAUGGUACAAGUUUCUGUGUAGUUGUGCACAAUCAAUAUAUUGGAGCGGAUUUCCCCUGGAGUUAUUUCUCAUUUGUGGUGGAAUAUAAUUUUGUAGAACACUCCUGUUGGACUGGACACUGUGAAAAACUGAAUAUUCCUUACAUGGCCUUUAAAGUGAUUCUUCCAGACACAGUUUUAAAGAAAAGCACCUUGCCGGAUAGUUUUGGUGGUUUUCUUUUGGAAAUUCAAAUUCCAUAUGUAUUUUUUGCAUCUGAAGGACUUCUUAAUACUCCAGAAAUACUUCAGUUGCUGGAAUCCAACUAUAAUAUUACACUAGUGGAGAGAUCCUGCAGUGAGUCAUUGAAACUCUUUGGAGGUACAGAGCAUUACGUGGUAGUGACAGUUGAUGAGCACACAACCAUAAUUUUGCAGGACCUAGAAGAAUUAAAUUGUGAGAAGGCAUCAGACAAUAUCGUUAUGAGACUGAUGGCAUUAUCAUUCCAGUACAGCUAUUGUUGGAUGAUCUUUUAUGCCAAAAAACCAUUGAACUCAGAGUACUAUCUUACAGAAAAGGCACUUCAUCACCUAGCACUGAUAUAUGCAGCUUUGGUUUCAUCUGGGCUAAAAUCAGAAGAACUGGAUGUAAAGCUUGUAAUUUCCCCAGGAGUGGAAGAGACUGCAUUGAUAAUUCGACAAAUCGCUGACCACAAUUUAAUGACCUCGAAGAGAGACCCUCAUGAAUGGUUGGAUAAAUCCUGGCUUGAAGUUUCACCAUCUAAGGAAGAAAUGUACCUACUUGAUUUUCCAAGUGUUAAUCCAUUGGUAGCUCAGCUCAUGUUAAAUAAAGGACCUUCACUGCACUGGAUAUUGUCAGCAACUCUUUGUCAACUUCAGGAACUCCUACCUGAAGUUCCAGAAAAAGUGUUAAAGCAUUUUUGUGGCAUCACUUCCUUAUUCAAGAUUAGUCCUUCCAUAACAAAAUCACCUCAAAUUUCAUCGCCUCAGGAAAAUAGGAAUCAGACUAGUACCUUUGCUCCUCAGAGUUCAGCUGCUGGCUCUUCAGAUUCUGUCUUUCAAGAACAUAAUGAACAUGACCAUUGUUCAGACUUACAAGAGACAGUGCAUGAAGACACAAACACUGCUUCAAAUUAUGGCUCUUCCCUUAUGGAACUAAAAGAGAUGCCAUGCAUUUUACCUCCUGUGACUUCCUACAAUCAGACCAGCUACUGGGAAGAGUCCAGUUGUAACCCUAACAUAGUGCAGAAUAAUUCCUUCCUGGCUAAUACAGAAUCAAGGAAUGUGUCUGGUAAUUCCUUUCUGAAUCAGAAUGAUUCAGAAUCAGAUGUCUUUUCUUUGGGUAUAACACAAAUGAAUUAUGAAACCAUAAUAUCACCAACUGACACUCAGAAGAGAGUUGCCCCUAAUUUUAUAAAUUAUCAGAAAAAGGGAACACAUGAAGCAAAAGGACCUAUAAAUAAAGAACUAUCUGCCCCUACCCUUCCGCUAGCGGGGUCUCAAUCUCCUUUUUGUUGGAACUUUAAGAAAAAUGUAUGGGAACAACAGAAUCAGUCAUUCAACUUACAGUAUGGUGCAGAGCAGACUCCGUGUGACAAAUGGUACUCUCUGAAAGACAGCUUAUUCACUAAUCAGCAAAAAUGUCUAUCAGAUGAGUUAGAAGGCUUCAUCUCUGAAAGUUCAAAUGCUGGGACUAAAAAGACCUUCUGGAGAGAAUUACCGUCUGUCCCCAGUUUGGAUUUAUUUUGUGCUUCUGACUCUAAUGUAAAUGAAAAAGAAUUCAACAAUCUUUAUUCCUACCAGAGAGCUGGAAAAUGUUUAGAACAGAAAAGGCACUUUGAAUCUUCAUCCAACUCAGGAGACAAGAAACCAUUAACAGAUUUCACGUGUUCACCACUACCACAAUUCAAAAAACGUCGUCUAGUGUAUGAAAAAGUCCCUGGUAGACUUGAUGGACAAACUCGUCUAAGAUUUUUUUGA